AUGAGGCAGUGCUACCGCCUCACAGACGUGCGGUGCCUGGGCGCCCUGCCGCUGCUGCAGGAGCUUGACCUCUCGGACUGCCCCGUCACCAACGACAGCGUCGCGGCGCUGCGGAACGCGCGGUGCUUGCGCAAGUUGCGCCUGCAGUCAUGCCGCGCCGUGACGGACGUGAAUUUCCUCAGCGGCCUCGAGCAGCUCGCCGAGCUCGACCUGCACCACACGAACAUUGACGAGGCAGGCUCCGUCGGACUCGUGCACUGCGCGCAGCUGACGUCGCUCAUACUGCAUUCCGUGCGUGUGCACUCACUGCGACAAUGGAACGCCGCGGCGUUUUUGCCGCGGCUCAAGCGGCUCGACCUCAGCAACACUGCCGUCACAUCUGAUGCUCUCUCAUUCGUGGCGUUUUGCCCGCUGCUUGAGACACUGACGCUGCGCGGCUGUAAGAGUAUCACCACGGUGGACUUUCUUCUGUUGUACAGAUCGCCCGGAGGCGGGCGACGCACAAGAUGUGGUGACGGCAACAUCAGCACCAGGAACACCAGCAGAGAAGUUGAGCCUCACGUCGCGCUCGCCACUGUGACGAUUGCUGUUGCUGCUAUUGCAUCAGCAGCAGACGACGACACACUUCCGCUUUUAUCGUCACCACCAGAUUUGGAGAAUCGACACUGCUUGGUGGAGCUCACACUGAGUGACACUGCUGUGACGAACAAUGGCCUGCGGGCGCUGAAGUAUUGUCCGGGACUGGAGCGACUACGACUGUCCCGCUGCAAAAAAGUCACCGACGUGAAUGUGCUCCGCUGGCUUCCGCAACUGAAGGAACUGGAUUUGAGCACAACGUCCGUGACAAGCCACGGCCUUGCGAAGUUGUCACCAAAAGGCAAUUCACAAGUGCAUCGCAUGACAGAGGCCGGCGCUGCCGUUUCCGCCGCUACUAUUGCUAUUACUACCGCGGAGGAAGAUGUCACCUCAACCGGCCUCGGCUGCGUGGCGCUAGAGAAACUGUGGCUGCAGUCCUGCCAGGAGGUGCGGAACGUACGUGUGCUGUGUGGCUUUCCGGUGCUGCAAGAGUUGUUCCUCACCGGCACGCCGGUGCCACGGCGGGAGCUGGAUAUUGCUGUGCUGUACCGCGGCAACCCUAUGCUGCAGAAGAUACACCACAGCGUCGCCAUCACCCUUGCGUGA